AUGUGGGGAAUCUCCUACUGGGCAGUGCCCAUCUUCUCAUCGCUAGUAUGGCUCGCGAUGUUGAUUGCCAUGUUGACGACAUGGUCGGUCCAAGGGUCGCCGCACUACCCUUCUAUGGAUCCCAAUCAGCGCAUUGCCUACAUCUCUGAUGUCGGCGCGCAAGGCCUCAAACCCCUCUUCAUCGCCAUGUCCGCGGUGACCGUCGUGUCUCUCGACCUCGCCUUCGUCCUCGAGCGCUGGCUCCGACACAAGGGCAAGCUCACACCCAACACCUCGUUCUGGCAGAAAUUCUAUAGCGUUUGUUCGAUCAUCGCGUCCAUCGCCGGCGCCGCAGGCCUCAUCCUGCUCUCCAUCUUCGAUACACUGCGCCACCCACACCUCCAUGACGGCUUCCUCGUGCUCUUUAUUGGUGGCUAUAUAAUAUCAGCCAUCUUCAUCUGCUGGGAAUACCAACGUCUGGGCAUCCACUUCCGCGAGCACUCCAUCUUGCGCUACAGCUUCUGGAUCAAGCUCACCUUCAUCCUGGUCGAACUCGCGCUCGCCAUCGCCUUCGGCGUCACGCAGAACCAGAAGAAGUACAACGCCGCCGCGGUCCUGGAGUGGACUAUCUCCUUCAUCUUCUUCUUCUACGUCCUUAGCUUCUUCAUCGACUUCAUGCCCGCGGUCCGCUCGAAGCACCACCAGAGCCGCGAGACCGAGAUGGACAUGGCAGAGCAGGGCGGCAUGCCCAUGGGCGACGGCGCGGCGAACGACGGCCAGUACUUCCGCGGGAACACGAAUGGGCACGCAAACGGCACGAACGGAUACGCCAACGCCAACGGCCACACGAACGGCCAUGCGAAUGGAUAUACCAACGGAAACGGCUACACCAAUGGCAACGGCUACACCAACGGCUUCUCCAACGGCGCAAGCGGACCGGGCCACAUCCCCAAACCCGCUGAUUCUGCGCCUCUGCCGUCGCGGAACUUCUAG